AUGAACGAAGAUGCCGCGAUUGAGGACAUCCUCCGCAAGAUCGACCGCGAGAAGGCCAUUAUCAAUGCGGCCAACCAGAUGCGGCAGGCCACUAACAAUGCCUCUGUCAAUUCACGCGUAGAGUCCAACAUUCGAGAUGCCAGACGGAACAUCCAGUACUUCGAGCAGACGCUCCAGGACCUGCAGGCGCGCAAGAUGGGCAAUGGCAUGAGCAACUUGUCUGUCUCUGGGAAUGGAGGCCCAACCCCGCCUCAACAUGGCCGGGGUGGCUCUACCGGCUCUGGCAUGAACAAUGACUAUGGCCAUGGUGGAGGCGCAGACUAUGGCAAUCCACGGGCACCGGGAUACAGUGCUGGUGGAGGCGACGGGCUCAUGCCGCCCAGAGCACCAUACGCACCUCCUGGGCCAGCCGACCGCUCACCGAGAGGACGUCCGAACUACAGCAAGCUGGAUCUAAUCAAAUACGACACGCAACACCUUGGUCCACGAAUCCAACUGAUGUUGUCCCAACUCGAGUUCAAGCUCUCCGUCGAAAAGCAGUACAAAGAUGGUAUCGAGAAGAUGGUCCGGUUAUACCAGAUGGAAGGUGACCGCAAGAGCAAGAGCGAAGCCGAGCUGAGAAGAAUGGAGAGCAAUCAAAAGAUUCAACUGCUGCAAAGAGCACUGCGCAGAUAUGAAGGACUGCAUGUGGAUAUCGAGAAUGGUGCUGAUGCUGCCGACGAUGACAGUCUCGACACCCCAAGUCAGCGAAAGCCUCUGACCGGACAUCUCUCCGUGAAGAUUCACGCCGUUGCAGAUGUCGACCACGCAGCAUCUGGCAGGUUUACAAGAGGUCCAGACACAUUUGUGAUCAUGAAGGUCGAAGAUGCAUUUAAGGGUAGGACCAAGGCCACCAAGACCGAUCGAUGGACCGACGAGACUCAUGAAUUCGACGUGGACAAGGCGAACGAGAUUGAAUUCACCGUCUACGACAAGUCGAGCGGCGACCACCCUACGCCCAUUGGCCUUUUGUGGAUAAGAUUGUCUGAUCUUGUGGACGAGAUUCGACGAAAGAGGAUCGAGACGGAGUUCAACCAGGCAGGAUGGAUUACCGCAGACAAGAUGGAUGGCUCGCAACCCCGACCAGAUCUUCAAUUCUCGCCGCCACCAAGCUCUGGCCAUGGAGCUGCAGGUCAGGGUGGCGGCGCCACUGCCGCAGCCGCAGGAGGUCCUGCAGGCUCUGGCUUGGCUGCUCAGACAGGACCAAUCUAUAUCGAUGCUUGGUUUUCCUUGGAACCUGUAGGCCGAAUCCAGCUCACUCUCAGCUUCAUCAAGCAGGUGAAGGACCGACGGCCCUUCGAUGUUGGUCUCAACCGAAAAGGUGCCGUUCGUCAGAAGAAGGAAGAUGUUGUCGAACAGUAUGGCCACAAGUUUACUGUGCAGACCUUCUACAACAUUAUGCGCUGCGCACUGUGCGGCGACUUCCUCAAAUACACUGCGGGAAUGCAGUGCGCGGACUGCAAGUACACCUGCCACCAGAAAUGCUAUCCGAAAGUCGUUACGAAAUGUAUCAGCAAGUCGAACGCAGAGACGGAUCCGGACGAGGAGAAGAUCAACCAUCGCAUCCCGCAUCGCUUCGAUGCGUUCUCGAACAUGGGUGCCAAUUGGUGUUGCCAUUGUGGCUACAUGCUUCCUCUUGGCAAGCGCCAGUCGAGAAAAUGCUCAGAGUGCAAGCUGACUUGCCACGCUGCUUGCGUGCAUUUUGUGCCUGACUUUUGCGGCAUCAGCAUGGAUCGCGCAAACGAGAUCUUGGCCGAGUUGAAGAAGACCAAGGCGAUACGAACGCUGCCCAAGACUCUGAGGCCACCAUCAGCCUCCACGUCCGGCCGCCCAACGCCGCCCCCUUCGCAGCAAAGCUUUGCUCCUGCCCCGGGACAUCAAGAUCAAGUCGCACAGAGAGAUGACAGCGCUAGGCCCCAGGACAGGUUCUCGUACGGCAAAGAUCGCAUGUCUGAUUCGUAUGACCAGGCGCCGCCUCGGACCUCCUCGUUUGGACCGCCUGGCGUCUCCUUGGACGCUGCGAAGGCGUCGAUGGGCGGUCGAUCUUCACCACCUUCUCCUGAAGCCAGCAUGCACCGUCCACCAGCUCAGCGCACGCAGUCUUCUCAGUCAGCUGCAGCUGCCGCAGCGUCGGCUGCUAUCACUGGCAAGCGCACGUCUGCACAAGAUCAGCAACAGAGGCCGCCCUACAGCAGGGGAUCUACAGAUUAUGCCCAGCAGCAACAACAACAGUCACCUGGCAAAUACGCCGACGGCUACAAGGAGAGCAAGAGUGACGCGCCGCAGUCGCAACAACCGGCGUAUAACCCCGCCGACUAUGCGGCAGUUAGUGGCUAUCCUCAACAGCCUGCCUACCAACAGCGACCUCCUCCUCAGCAAGCGCCUGCUCCACCGGUCAAGCAGUACCAGCCUCAACAGCAAGUGCCGCAAGUGCAGGUACCACAAUCACCUCCACAGGUGUCACUGCCAACGUCUCAACCACCAAAUGUGUCUAUUACUCACCCGGUGGUGGAAGAGCGAAAGCCAGCCCCACCAGCAAACACACCAGGCACGGGUCGUCGCAUUGGUCUCGAUCAUUUCAACUUCCUGGCUGUGUUGGGUAAGGGUAAUUUCGGUAAGGUCAUGCUGGCAGAGACAAAGACCACCAAGCAGCUGUACGCCAUCAAAGUGCUCAAGAAGGAGUUCAUCAUCGAGAAUGACGAAGUCGAGAGCACACGAUCCGAGAAGCGCGUCUUCUUGAUCGCCAACAAGGAGCGACAUCCAUUUUUGCUCAAUCUGCAUGCUUGCUUCCAGACCGAGACGAGGAUCUACUUCGUUAUGGAGUACAUCAGCGGUGGUGACUUGAUGUUGCACAUCCAGAGGGGUCAGUUCGGUACCAAGCGAGCGCAAUUCUACGCCGCCGAGGUCUGCCUGGCGUUGAAGUACUUCCACGAGAACGGGGUCAUCUACCGUGACUUGAAGCUCGACAACAUCCUGUUGACACUGGAUGGUCACAUCGUAAUUGGUGACUACGGUCUUUGCAAGGAAGACAUGUGGUACGGAUCCACCACGAGCACCUUCUGCGGUACGCCCGAAUUCAUGGCCCCUGAGAUCCUCUUGGACAAGAAGUACGGCCGCGCCGUUGAUUGGUGGGCCUUUGGUGUCUUGAUCUACCAGAUGCUCCUUCAACAAUCGCCUUUCCGUGGUGAGGACGAGGAUGAAAUCUACGAUGCCAUUCUCGCCGACGAGCCUUUAUACCCGAUCCACAUGCCGCGCGACAGUGUGUCCAUCUUGCAGAAGCUUCUCACCCGCGAGCCAGAGCUUCGCCUUGGAUCUGGUCCGACCGACGCUCAGGAGAUCAUGAGCCAUGCAUUCUUCAGGAAUGUGAACUGGGAGGAUAUAUAUUACAAGCGCGUGCCAGCACCGUUCCUGCCGACCGUCAAGGGACGCGCCGACACAAGCAAUUUCGAUUCUGAAUUCACCAGCGUGACGCCUGUGCUCACGCCUGUACAGUCUGUGCUUUCGCAGGCCAUGCAAGAGGAGUUCCGCGGCUUUUCGUACUCUGCGGAUUUCAACUAA